CACGAUCGGUGAGCAUGUGAAAUGCAAGCAUUGAUGUUGAUAAAUCGUGGGGCAUUGUUUGUACCGAAGAGAGAACUGAAGAUAAAGAAUUCUCUAGGCACAAAGGGCACAACACUGUUCCUUAACUCGCAAAGCCUCAUCCACUUCCAUUACCAUGGCAAUCAAUGACGACAAGGCCGAGGCUCGGGCAACUACGGAUUCUGGACGACCGUCGAAGCAAGCCAAUGAUGACGAUGCAGACGAGGGUGCCCAGCUGGAGAGGUUCUCCCCCGAGGACGAGGCGUCCAUGGUAGCCGAGUCCAAUUUGCACAAGACCGAAGCGAACGCGCUCUUCUCAUCAGGCAAAUACGAUGCUGCGAUCACCAAGUACGACGAGGCCCUUGCUGUGUGCCCAAACUACCUGGACUACGAACUGGCCGUUCUGCGAUCCAACAUUGCCGCGUGCCAUCUGAAGCUAGAAGAAUGGAAGGAAGCCGUCAACAACGCCACUACUGCGCUCGACUGCCUCGACCGCCUGGAGAAGCAGAGCAACGACGAUAAGAAGAGCAAGGCUGAAGAGUCAAUGCCUACCAAAGACGAUUCUACCGAGGCGGAGGAGGAAAUUGUCAGUGCUGGCGCCGCCAAGGCAGGGCCGGCGGUCCAAUCCGAGUCCGACAGCGCCUCAAAAUUGGCGGCCCGGCGAAAGCGUCAAGAGGAUAUUGCCAGGAUAAGAUCCAAGGCGCUGAUGCGACGCGCGCGCGCGAGGAGCGAGCUAGGCGGCUGGUCGAACCUGGAGGGCGCAAUCGAGGACUACAAGCGAUUGGCGGGCAUGGGGAAUCUCUCGCCGGCUGAUAGGAAGAUUGUCCAGGCGCAGCUCUGGGCAUUGCCGCCUCGUGCCAAGGAAGCUCAGGAAAAGGAGACAGCCGAGAUGUGGGCCAAACUCAAGGACCUGGGCAACGGGCUGCUCAAGCCGUUCGGGCUGAGUACGGACAGUUUCAAGAUGGUCAAGGAUGAGAAGACGGGGGGUUACAGCAUGAGCUUUCAGGGCGGGGGCGGGAGCAAGACGUAAGGUUGUAUGUUUGGCCAGCCAUGGCAUGCUCUAGAGGCCCUUGGCCCGUUCUCAGAGCCUGCCCGUAUAUCAGAGUUGCAGACAUAGGGAGCGUGAUGUACCUAUAGGGUGUGCUAGCCAAUGGUUUGGUAGCCGCAUCCACCGACACUGCGCGGUCUACCGCAAAUACCUACUCGAUAGAAGGAAACGCUAGAAUCGGCGCUACUGCAGCCAGGCCUCCGACCAUUCAACGACAGCCAACCAAGAGCCGGAGAGAGCUUGGCAGAGCAGUCGCGCAGAAUCUAGAUGUCGCU